GCCACUAAAUCUGCUGUUCUGUACGAGGAGACUCCUUUGAAGAACUUUACCUUCAGCCAUCUGGGCCCAAGAAAGAAGUGUUACUGAUUGUUAUUAUUUAUUCGCAUUAUAGACAUUGAAGUACAUUUUUAAAGAAUUGGACUUGAAAAAUUGUGGCGAAGAAUGAUUCUACUUCAGUUACUUUCGUGAAAGAUGCCCAAAAAGUUCCUCAAGAUUGCCAUCUGCUUCUAGUCAUCAGGGCUGUAGUAACUUUCUGAGAUCCGGUCCACAGAAACUUGAGAGAAAUGAGGUUCCAAACGUAUGACCUUAUUGUGGUGCUGAUAUUUAUACUGUCGACACUUCUCCAAAAGAGAGGGGCAUCAAGUCAUCAUUAUCCACCAGAAGAUGUUCAGACAUUCCAGAGGGAUUCUGUUGAAUGGAUCCCUUCCUAUGAGAAACCUAAUCAAAGGAGUUCUCACCGUUCGUCCUUCGUGGGGUAUGUGUUUGGAACACAAUCUCUUCCUCUAAGAGAAGCUGUUGAAAGUGUUCCAAGGCAUACUUCAAGUUAUAGGUCAGAUCACCGAGUACCACUGAGAGAUGCAGUUGAGCACAGACCUUACCCUGACGUUAGUGUCAAUCCAUUUGAUAUUGGGUGGUCUGAAGUUUUACCCAGUGUUGGUCAGUUUGGGUCAACUUUUGCCUGGUGGAGAGAGAAGCUUCUCUCAAAACAGAAGUAUAUCUCGUCUGUUACUGGAGAAACUACAGAAUCAGGUGCCAGCUUUAAGGCAGCACAUUAUUAUGGAAAUAAGGUCACAGGGAAUCAACCAUAUCAUGUGGUGUGCUACGUAGAAGGAUGGGCUGUAUAUCGCAAGGAACCUAUGAGAUUCAAUUCUCUGGAUUUGGACCCAUUUGCUUGCACGCAUGUGGUGUAUGCAUUUGCUACUUUGGAUCCUCACUCUUUUACCAUUUUGCCUCAGGAUGAGGAGUAUGAUAUUGUAAAAGGAGGGUACCGGGCAAUGGUGGGACUGAAGCGUGUGAAUCCACAACUCAAAGUCCUCAUCUCUGUUGGCGGCUGGAUAGAAGGAAGUCACAAGUUCUCACAGAUGGCCAGCAGUGCCUUUUUGCGUCGAGAAUUCAUCCGCUCUGUAAUUCAUUUUCUUGAUGUUCAUGGUUUUGAUGGUCUUGACCUUGAUUGGGAAUAUCCAGGAGCUGAGGACCUUGGAGGGAGGCCAUCAGAUAAGGAACACUUUUCACUUCUAACAGAAGAGUUGUCUGAAGUGUUUGCUCCUCGAGGAUGGCUUCUCUCCGCAGCUGUGUCACCUUCAAGGUUCAGACUAGAGGAUGCAUAUGAUGUACAUCGCCUGGCCCGCAACUUGGAUUUUAUCAACUUGAUGACAUUUGAUAUGCAUGCAGAAAGAGAUCAUUCAGCUGACCACCAUGCUCCUCUUCUUCAGAGGAAACAUGACACAGGCCUCAAUGUCUUUUACAGUGUUGACUAUUCAGUUCGUUACUGGCUGAAGAAAGGCAUUCCACGAGAGAAGCUGAUUGUUGGUGUACCAUUCUAUGGUAGAUCCUUCACAUUGACAAACUCCAGUAUUACAACACCUCCUGCCCCAAUUAAAGGCUUUGGAAGGGAAGGCUACUACACUCAGGAGCAGGGAUUUCUGGCUUACUUUGAAAUCUGUGAGCUUCUGGAAGAUAAAAACUGGAAGAGGGAGACAGAUGAUGUGGGCAGUCCUUACAUUGUUAAAGGAGAUCAGUGGAUUGGUUAUGAUAACCGUGACAGUCUUGCUACUAAGAUGGCUUACAUUAAAAAGAAUCGUCUCGGAGGAGCCAUGGUAUGGGCUGCAGACCUGGAUGAUUUUGAAGGCCUGUAUGGGGAAAAAUGGCCAUUAUUAUCCACUGUGAGAAAUUCUCUGCUUGUUGAUGGGGAUAAGCAGCCAAUCUCACAGUGGCCAGUAUUCAACCCACCACCAAUACCUGGCUCACCAGUGUCAGUUGAAGCAGACCAGGUGAACUGUACUGGUCAGGGCUUUGUGAGAGAUCCCAAUAACUGUGCAGUCUACUAUCUGUGCGAAUGGGGCAUGAAGCACACCUAUCUCUGCCCUGAUGGUCUCCAUUAUGACUCAUCUUUGAAUUCGUGUAACUGGCCACAUAUUGCUGGCUGUGAUAACACGCCUGGUUCACAAACAGGCAAGGAAUUACAAGCAGUUACUUCAGUAACAGAUAACAUAUCUAAGGAUAUUUGCAUCAAUAAUGGACUUUAUGAAGACCAUGAAAAUUGUCGAAACUAUUACUGGUGUCAGGAUGGAAAAGCAUAUCGUUUUGCCUGUGGAAUGGGUCAGUUUUUUGAUCCUGCAAUGGGGCUUUGUUACUAUGGCACUUCAACACGUUGCACUGAACCACCCAGUGCAGCUGUAAAGGCAGUAGAAGACUUAAAUCAUGCUGUGAGCAGUUUCUUGUAUCCAGAAACCAUUAUUAGCGAGGACAAUAAUAAUGUUGGUUUCAGCAGAUACAGUGUCAAGCUUAACAAUAAGCAAUUCCUUCCAGAGGAAGACUACAAGAUUGUAUGCUAUUUCACAAGCUGGGCAUUUUAUCGGAAGGGUGAUGCCAAAUUUGUCCCUGAGCAUGUAGACUCCAGACUCUGCACUCACAUUGUCUAUGCAUAUGCUUCCCUUGAUCCUGAAGAACUUGUUGUGAAGCCUUUUGAUAGCUGGGCAGAUUUAGAAAACAAUUUCUACCAGCGUCUGACCUCUCUUCAUGGUCCCAGGAUACAUGGGGCUGAUGUGAAGGUCCUAUUAGCUCUUGGUGGCUGGACUGACUCAACGGGAGAUAAAUAUUCCCGUUUAGUGAGUGAUGGUGCUACAAGAAGAAAGUUUGUGGCUAGUGUGGUCAGUUAUCUAAGACAACAUAAUUUCAAGGGGCUUCAUCUUGACUGGAACUAUCCAAAAUGUUGGCAGUCUAAUUGUAACAAAGGACCUGCUUCAGAUAAAGCUAACUUUGUUAAAUUGAUCCAGGAACUGAGCAAGGAGUUCCAGAGACAACAGCCCCCAUUAGUGUUGGCAGUUGCACUGUCAGGCUACAAGGAGGUGAUAGACCAAGCAUAUGACUUACCUGCAAUUGGGCGUUAUGUUGAGUUUAUGUCUGUUAUGAGUUAUGAUUAUCAUGGAGCUUGGGAGAAGAUUUUGGGACAUGUCAGUCCUUUGUACUACCGUAGUGGCGAUCAAGUCCCUCAAUACAACACGAAUUAUACCAUGGAGUACUUAGUAAGUUUGGGAGCCCCUCGUCACAAGCUGCUGGUUGGAAUUCCAUUCUAUGGACAGAGCUUCACAUUGGCAUCUAUGACAGACACUGAUCCAGGAGCACCAUCGAAUGGUCCAGGUAGACCUGGCAAGUUUACCAAUCAACCCGGCAUGCUGGCAUACUAUGAGAUUUGUGACACAGUUCGUAACCAGCGCUGGACAGUGAAACAUGACCGUUAUGGAGCCACAGGUCCAUACACAUAUUCAGAUGACCAGUGGGUUGGCUAUGAGGAUGUUGAGUCUGUCAAAGAGAAGGUAAAAUACAUUAAAAAUAUGGGUUUUGGUGGAGCAGUGGCAUAUACAGUCGACUUGGAUGACUUUAACAACCUUUGCUGCAGAGAACCUUUCCCUUUGUUGCGAACCAUCAACCGUCUGUUGGGCAACUUACCAGAGCGGGAGCCCAGCAGAACAGACUGCACCAAACCACCUGCACCUGUCACACCACAACCACCCACCCUUACUACUGGUAUAGAUACAGGUGAAAUCAGCUCAACACCAUCAUAUGAACCACCUACUUCUUCACCUUCAACUUGGCCAGACUGGACUAGUUCAAGUUCUACCACUACUACAAGACCUACAACAUCAAACACAACAACAACAACAACAACAACAACAACAACACCUUGGUGGCAACCACCAACUGCUACGACUACCACCUCCAGGCCAACCACUACAUUACCACCAUGGUGGCAACCCCCAACUACCACAACUACCACAUCUACCACUCCUCAGCCUACCACAACCACUACUCCACAACCUACCACAACACCAACUACUACCCAUCGUCCCUCUACCACGACUGUUGCUAUAACAAAGCCACCCACCACAUCUGCACCUGAUGCUCCUCUGCCAGGAACACCUUGCAAUGCAGGAGAAUAUCUUCCUGAUCCUUCAAACUGUAAUGCAUACUACCGCUGCAUUCUGGGAGAGUUGAGAAAAGAAUACUGUGCUGGUGGGUUGCACUGGAAUACUCAGAGCAAAGUCUGUGAUUGGCCAAAUGAAGCCAAAUGUGAAAAACAAUCUACAACAUUUUCAACUACAAAAACUUCUCCAUGGUGGACUACAGUACAGUCAACAAGUACAGCAGGAUGGGACCACUGGUGGACAAGCACAAGCACAAGUACAACAACAACAACAACACAUAGACCAGAUGGGUGGUGGACACCAUCCAAGAAACCAGCCACUACAAUUGAACCAAGUACAGAGGUUGCAGUAGUAGCUGAGGGAUGUUCUAGUGGUCAGUAUUACCCAGAUCCUGUAUCCUGCACAACUUUCUACAUUUGUGUUAAUGGCAUUCCAUUAAAGCAGACAUGUGCUCCAGGCCUAGUGUGGAACCAAGCACAGACAAUGUGUGACUGGACCUUUAAUGUACAAUGUGCAAAUUCCUUGUCACUCUCAUAUGAAUAUCCACAGUUUCUGAAGAUUAAAAAAGGCAGUUCUUGUAAUGACGGAGAGUUUAGUUCAGCCCGUGACUGUACUAAGUAUCUUGUCUGCAUAUGGGGCACAUACCAAGAGUUCUCCUGUGGGUCAGGACUGCAUUGGAAUAAUGCUGCACGUAUCUGUGACUGGCCUCAGAAUACCCAUUGCAAAUCUGGAGAUGGUGGUUUAAAACCAGAUGAUUUACCAACUGUGAGACCAAGUUCUCCACCAACAAAACCAACACUUCCACCUACAUGGUCAGCUCAGAGCACACUGUCUAGUAGUGGUGAAGUGAUAAGUUCCACUCCUAGUCUUCCUACAGUGGAGACCACAAGACCUCCACAAGGUGGUACAUUAUCUGGCUAUUUUAAGGUAGUAUGCUACUUCACAAACUGGGCCUGGUAUCGUCAAGGAAUAGGAAGGUAUCUUCCUGAGACAAUAGAUGAACGACUCUGCACCCACAUUGUAUAUGGUUUUGCAGUGCUGGAUUAUGAAAACCUGAUUGUGAAAGCUCAUGAUUCAUGGGCUGAUUAUGAUAACAAGUUCUAUGAACGAGUGGUGGAGUAUAAGAAGAAGGGACUGAAAGUAUCACUUGCUCUUGGAGGAUGGAAUGACUCUGCAGGUGACAAGUACAGUCGUCUGGUUAACAGCCCAUCUGCACGCCGAAGAUUUGUCAAACAUGUUAUUGAGUUCCUAGAGAAGCAUGGCUUUGAUGGACUUGAUCUUGACUGGGAGUAUCCGAAGUGUUGGCAGGUGGACUGUAACAAGGGCCCUGAUUCAGACAAGGCUGCAUUUGCUGCAUUGAUUCAAGAACUAAGGCAAGCUUUUAACCCCAAGGGCCUGUUAUUAUCAUCUGCUGUUUCUCCCAGCAAAACUGUUAUUGAUGCAGGUUAUGAUGUAAAGGCUCUUGGUGAGAACCUGGAUUGGGUUGCAGUUAUGACCUAUGACUUCCAUGGUCAGUGGGAUAAGAAGACUGGUCAUGUAGCACCAUUGUACUUCCACUCUGAUGAUGAUUUCUUCUUCUUCAAUGCAAACUACUCCAUCAACUACUGGAUCUCUGAAGGAGUCCCACGUCGAAAAAUUGUGAUGGGAAUGCCCUUGUAUGGGCAGUCAUUCCAGUUAGCUGAACCUUCCACAAAUGGGCUAAAUGCUCGUGCACCAGGACCAGGACAGGCCGGGGAGUUUACUCGUGCCGCAGGAUUUCUUGCUUACUAUGAGAUCUGUGAUCGAGUAAAGAAUCAUGGUUGGACAGUCAUACAAGACUCUGAGAGGCGAAUGGGGCCAUAUGCAUUCCAUGGCAAUCAGUGGGUCAGUUAUGAUGAUGCUGCAACUAUUCGGCUUAAGUCUGAGUACAUCCGCAAAAUGGGUCUUGGAGGAGGUAUGGUGUGGGCUCUGGAUUUAGAUGAUUUUCGUAAUCGCUGUGGUGAAGGAGUUCAUCCUCUGCUCAAUACAAUAAGAGAAGUUCUAGCUGACCCACCCAGAGGAGAGACAGUUGAAGGCUUUGAACAACCAAAGCCAUCCAAACUACCAACAACAUCAUUUUCAACUGAGAGCCAGCAGCAAGUCAGUACUGUUACACCAUUAUUAGGCGGUUCAUCAGAAAUUGACUUGACUUCAACUGCAACAGUGACACAGUCAACAGUUAGACCAACUACUGUGGGUGGUACCUCUCCCCUUGGUGGUGACUUUAAAGUUGUAUGCUACUUCACAAACUGGGCCUGGUACAGGCAAGGUGUAGGUAAAUACCUGCCUAGUGACAUAGAUGCUGACCUGUGCACGCAUAUUGUUUAUGGAUUUGCGGUUCUAAAUGGUGAUCAACUGAUCAUCAAGCCACAUGACAGUUGGGCAGACCUGGAUAACAAGUUUUAUGAGAAGGUGGCAGCAUAUAAAGCCAAGGGCCUGAAAGUGCUGGUGGCUAUUGGGGGCUGGAAUGAUUCUGCCGGAGACAAAUACAGUCGUCUAGUAAACAACCCUGCAGCAAGAGCACGCUUUAUCAGCUAUGUCACUGGCUUCAUAGAGAAACAUAAUUUUGAUGGCUUAGAUUUGGAUUGGGAAUACCCUAAAUGCUGGCAGGUGGAUUGUAAGAAGGGUCCAGACUCUGACAAAGCAGCAUUUGCAACAUUUGUAAGGGAAUUAAGGGCUGCUUUUAAGCCUAAAGGAUAUCUACUGACAUCAGCUGUAUCACCAAGCAAAGUUGUCAUUGAUGCAGGUUAUGAUGUACCCACUCUGUCAGAGAACCUGGACUGGAUUGCAGUUAUGGCAUAUGAUUACCAUGGACAAUGGGACAAGAUUACAGGUCAUGUGGCUCCCAUGUACACACAUCCUGAUGAUGUAGAUGUCACUUUUAAUGCUAACUUCUCAAUCAAUUAUUGGAUUGAACAAGGAGCAGACCGUAAGAAGAUUGUGAUGGGCAUGCCCAUGUAUGGACAGUCAUUCAGUCUGGCAGAUAACAACAACCGUGGUCUCAAUGCACCAACAUAUGGAGGUGGAGAGGCUGGAGACUCCACUCGGGCUAGAGGAUUUCUGUCUUACUAUGAAAUCUGUAUGAAUAUUCAGAAGAGAGGUUGGAAGGUGGUAAAAGACCCAGAGGGUCGAAUGGGGCCAUAUGCGUACUCAAGAGAUCAGUGGGUCUCAUUUGAUGAUGCAGGCAUGAUUCGAUACAAAUCCAACUUUAUUCGCCACAUGGGCUUGGGUGGUGGUAUGAUCUGGGCCCUCGAUCUUGAUGAUUUUCGAAAUACUUGCUCAUGUGAAUCCUAUCCAUUGCUCCGCACCAUCAAUCGAGUCCUCAGAAGUUACCCAGGUCCAGGACCUAAGUGUGAUAUCACUGCUGACAAUCACAAAGAAGACACAUCUGAAAAUCGUGUGCAGUACCCAAGCCAGCCAGUUAUCUCGGAUGGAGCAAUGAAAGAUCCAACCUGUGGAGGAAAGAUCUUUGCUCCGCAUGCAAGUGAUUGUCACAAGUAUUACCUGUGUCAGUUUGGAAUGCUUACAGAACAAACAUGUCCUGCUGGACUCUCCUGGAACAAGGAUCACUGUGACUGGGCAGAGAAUACAAAAUGCAACUCAGGAGAAAUUGAAAGUGCUGGGAGUGAACCAUCAACCACUCCGCCAACAGAUCCACCAACCUCUACAUCUACUAAGCCUACAACUACAGUUAAACCAAGCACCCCUGGUACUGAUGUUACAAUGCCUCCCAAACCAACUGACACAGGAUACAAAGUUGUUUGCUACUUUACCAACUGGGCAUUUUACAGGCAAGGUAUUGGAAGGUAUGUCCCAGAAGACAUUGACUGGUCACUGUGUACACACAUAACAUAUGGUUUUGCUGUGAUGGAUGGGGGCACUCUCACUAUCAAGUCUCAUGACUCCUGGGCAGAUAUAGACAAUAACUUCUACCACAAGGUGACAGAACUCAGGUCACGAGGUAUAAAGGUGCUAAUUGCAAUUGGAGGCUGGAAUGAUUCUCUGGGAGACAAAUACAGCCGCCUGGUAAACAGUCCAUCAUUGAGAGUAAACUUCGUAAGGACUGUUAUUGAGUUUAUUGAAAAAUAUAACUUUGAUGGUCUUGAUCUUGAUUGGGAAUAUCCCAAAUGCUGGCAGGUGGAUUGCAAUGCAGGCCCAGAUUCUGACAAGGAAGGUUUUGCUGCAUUAGUUCAAGAGCUGAGUACAGCCUUCAAAGCAAAGGGACUGCUCUUGUCUUCUGCAGUAUCACCCAGCAAAAUAGUAAUUGAUGUUGGAUAUGAUGUGCCCAAACUAACACAGUACUUUGACUGGAUAUCAGUGAUGACAUAUGACUUCCAUGGUCACUGGGACAAGCAGACAGGUCAUGUGGCACCGCUGUAUUAUUAUCCUGGUGACACUUAUGAUUACUUCAAUGCAAAUUUCUCAAUCAAUUACUGGCUUCAAAAAGGUGCAGACAGAAAGAAGAUUAUAAUGGGCUUGCCUAUGUAUGGACAGUCAUUCAGUUUGGCUGAUGCCAAUGAAAAUGGAUUGAAUGCUAAAACAUAUGGCCCAGGGCAGGCUGGGGAAUUUACAAGAGCAGGAGGUUUCUUAGCUUAUUAUGAGAUAUGUCAUGCUGUGAAAUCACAAGGAUAUACACCAGUGCGAGACCCAGAGGGUAGGAUUGGCCCAUAUGCUUAUAAGGGCAGUCAGUGGGUAUCCUAUGAUGAUGUGUCUGAUAUCAGAAGGAAGUCACAAUACAUAAAAGAAAUGGAUCUUGGUGGAGGAAUGAUCUGGGCUCUUGAUUUGGAUGAUUUCACCAACCGAUGUGGGUGUGGGAUACAUCCACUGCUUAAGACAAUUAAUCAUGAACUUCGCGGCCUUCAGGUUUCUACAUCAGACUGUACAUAAAUGGUGGGUAUUUAAUUGUUUCAUUGGCUGGGGUUGCCAUGAGACUACCUCUUAUAGAAGCUCAUGUGAGCAUUUUGACAACAUGAAAAAGAUACACAUGCCUUUAACAGAAAUAUUCCAUGUUCAAAUUAUAAGAAAAGGUGUAGUGCAAUAAUAGUAUUUUAUUUGCUGUAAAUGUAAGUCAACAGUUCCAGUAGUCUACAGGAGUGACAAAGCAUGAGAAGAAUAUGAAUGUAUAAGAACAAAUAAUGUACUUAUCUCUGUGAGAGCUUCUAAACAAAAGUUAUACUAUCAUAUCAGUUCAUAUCAUUUCACCUUAACCAUAAAUAUUGACACUGCUUGUUGACUUAUAUUUAACAUAAUAUGUUACAUUUUGUAAGCUAUCAUUCCUAAGAAUUGGCAACCCUAGCCUGAAUAUUACUUUAAACAUCCUACAUUCCACAGUUCAUUAUACUUCUGUCUUUAUUUAAUUUUUAAACCUCUUUUUAAUUCUGUGAUAUUAGGAGAGAUGUUAUGCCAUAAUUUUUCAUACUUCAAACAGCAACUGAGGAUGACAGCUGCCCUCUUACAUUUGAACAUGUAGUAACUUGUCUACAAAACAUUUUUUUUCCAAGGAGACCUGCCUCAGUAAUGAUCUUUGUAUGCAUGAAAAACUUGUGGUCUCAGUUCUUUUUACUCUCAUAUGAUUUGUUUGAAGAAAUCAUGAAAGUGUUCCUGAGAUCCCAUUUUUACUGGCUUCAUAAUCAAGAUUCAUUCAGUAAAGGUAAAAUAUAAAGUUGUGCCUCUACCUCAGGCUCCAUACCUGAAGAUUGUAAGCUGGAGUUCUUAAUGUCAGCAUUAGAUGCUUCGCACUAAAUCUGCUUUGUAGCUGGUAGCCAUAAAAAUGGGAUGUAAAAAUCAUCACAUUUUGCUUCAUUUUAGUCAUGUUUAAUUUUAUAUAAAUGUGAAUACAUGUAAUCUAAUUAAUGAUGUGUAUAAAGUGUUAUGGUAGCAUUUGUGAAAUUUUUGUGCUGUUUAUUACAAUUGAAGAUUAAUAACAUAAAAGAUAACACUGGAUUUGGUCCUGUUACAAGGUAUAAGAAGCUUGUUCAAAUAAAGCCCAUUUAGGGAUUUUUCUGGGUGAAGGAGUACAGGCCAUUAAAAAAGUCCCCAUAAGCAUUGCUGAGGCAGGCAUCCCACCGACUAUAGAUCCUCUCUGCAAAGAACUCCUAGGACUGCUGCUGGAACCACUACAUAGCCAGGACACCAAUUAUGAGAAUGCUGAGACACAUUCUUUCAAUUGCAGUACAAAGGUCUUGGACCACAGCAGUGCUGUGCAAUGAUGGUUGAUAAACCUGAGUACUAAGAAACUGAGUGACAGUUAUUUGGUCCUGUUUAGACAGAUUCUUUACUUUUAUCUGUGUUAGAAUCCUCCAUUUCUCAUUAUUACAUGUCUGUUACACUGUGCAGCUAAUUGUUGACAGCUGAUGUGUUGUGCACACUUCCACAUGAUCACCUGCUGUAUUUUCUAGUAGCACUUUGAACAUCGAUUUUGAGGAGUGCUGCUAUCUUCAGUUUCCUUAAAAGUUUAAUGAGAAGUUUUGGCAUAUGUAAAAGUAACAAAAAUAUUAAAUCUAAGUGUGUAAAAUUUUAACUCUUGCUGCAAAAUUCACAAUAAUGUGAGGUAUGUUAGCAUCCAGUUUCCACAUAACUUGCAUUUUUGAGAGUUCAAAUUUCACAAUCCUGUGGAUCUCACAUUUAUACGGCAGUCUUUUUCCUGGAAGGAUGGAACAUUUGUUGAUAAUGUGUAGAAGCAUUUGGCUUUAUUAAAUGUAUUUUUUCCCAUCAGAUGUUCAAGUUGUUUUACAAUUUCUACCAACUUGUGGAUAGCAUUAUUAUGUUAUUUCCAUGGCAUUUUAGACUUAAACAAAUUACAGAAGACAGAAUUAGUGAACUCUUAUUUGCAGAUUCUGAAUCGUAGGGCUACUGUAAGGACAGUAUGAAGUCAAAAAAAUCAAAUAAAAUUUAAAGAAAUUAAUUAAUUUACAUGGCCAAGGUAUUUUGUACUAACAUAAAUUAAGCAACAAAAGAGUUGCACCAGCAGUAAUAAAGGCCAGUUUCUUCUACAUAUUUGAAACAACCCCUUCUUUGUAGUGGUAUUCAGUGUUGUGCAAACUGGUUUGUACUAUUGUAAAAAUUAAGUGACAAGCUUUUGGGAUACAAGUGUGAUGUACAGUAUUGUACUAUUUAAAAUAAAAUUCUUUUUUAAAAAUACUGUUAUAAUUACAACUAUAAAGUGCUGUUAAUCAGCAAAAACAUCCUCAAUUUUUCAGAAUUCCAUAUUCAGUGAUUUGCCUUGCUCCACAUAAGUUCCUUCCCAAAACUUUGUUCCUUGAUUUGUAAUGUUUUUGCUAAUAUGAUCUUUCAGGUUUAUUUACUGGUCAGAAAUGAUCUGAUUUGACUUCUAGCUUCUAAUUUUCAACAAAUCUGAAAUUUAUAAGUUUGUAAUAUGCAUUUCUAAAAACAAAUGAAAUGGAUGGCUAACCAACUACAUGUGCAUCUCCAUGUUACUUAUUGACAAUAUAGCCAUGCAGCAUCUUGCAUAUUUCUUUAUAUCUGAAUCAUAAUAGCAUAAACACCAGUGAUUAGGGUGGUCUUUGCAGUUGCCUACUCUGUAAAAUUGCACUAGUACUCAAGUAGGCAUUGCAGAAAAUUUGACCAACUGUUACAAGCAUCUGAUGGAUGAAAGUAGAGUUCAAAUUAUACAUGUGCUUUCAUUUUUCCCGAAGGUGUGACAAGUUUCUAUAGGAUAAUCGGGUUUCAGAAUUAUGCAUAGUAGUAUUUUGGCGAAGGUGUUGAAGGCAUCUUGAUGGUCGAAGAGUUGUUAACUUUGUUACCGAUUGGGCUACUGUUUACAGCACUCAUCGCCGUUGUGUUUACUGAUACUGACCACAGUGUGCUUGGCGCUAGGUUUCCUGACGUAGCAUUGUGGUUACAAAUCUACAGUACAGUAUAUUGUUUAUGCUCGGGUUUGUAAAUGUCGUGGGAUGACGCUAGUUUGAAAUAGUGGUGGUAGUAUAAACAUUGGCAGUAAUCUUAUAGUCUCAUUAAACAGGAACAAUGGUUUUUAUUGCUGGAGGUCUUAUUCCUGCAAGAUUUCUUACUCUUAUAUCUCACCUCACAAUUGUCAUCAUAAUACUGUGGUCCAGAGAUGAAAAUAUAAAGGCCUGCUUACCAUUUGAAUACACAACUGAGGAUUAUUCAAGAAAGGACAUUGAGUUACAAACUGGAUUGGGAAUAGCCAUAAUGUUGAUUGGCUUUGAGUUGUUGACAUUUUUACUGGGAAUAACAAUGUUCAUGCCUUCUGCAGCAAUGAUUUCUAUUGCUGCUCACUUCAGUGCCUCUGUCCUCCUUGCAUACUUCUUGUUUGAUGAAUGGGACUGCAGCUUGUAUUGGUGGGUGUUUGCAUUUUGCAGUAUGCUACCAGCUGUCAUAGAUGCCACCACAGCUAUUGGAGUCCUUGUCCUUAAAAAGAGUUGAAUAUAAGGAUAACUGAGACAAUGUUCUGCGCUUGGCUCCAGAAUGGUUACACCUACCUAGUCUCAUAUGAAUGAGAACAAAAAUCAUUUGUUGAGAUGUGUAGUUGGGUUGAAAGACUGGGGCAAUGCUCUGAAUUUUAGUGCUGCAUAUUCUUCUGGGUAGACAGCUGUUCGAAUGAAUUGUGGAUCAGAUUUGUUCAUUUCACAGUUUUAACAUAAAUUAUACUUUAGGUUUGACUUCCAAGUUCCUUUGUUGGCUACUGCUAACAUGUUACACAGUCCGUUGCAGGACGUGGUGAUCUCUUCAGAAGUUUUAAACCAAGAGAUUUUGAGUUUAUAAAUACAUUUCUGUGGUUUGAUUAUGUAUAUGUCCAUGAUAAUUUCUUCUUUGUAAAGACAGUGAACUUCAUUUUAACAGCCUUGUAAAAGCUAUAUGUAUCAAAAACAUAAAUUGGUGAGAAUGUGUUCAAAACUUUUCACAUCUAAAUUGUCAUACCUAUCUACUUUAUUUUCAUGAAAUUAACCUUUAUCAACCAUACAUCACAGCUUAAGUGUGGGCCUCCUGGCCGCACAUUGCAUUAUUGCACUGUCAAACCAUUAACUCUCAAGUUAAAGUCAUGCUUUCCACAUAAUAUACAUAUGUUUGAUAUUUAUGCUGUAGGUCCCGCGCCAUAGCUGCGCGGUCUGAGGCAUCAUGCUUCAGACCAGUGAUACAGAAUGCGCGCCAGUUCGAGUCUCAGGGAAAGAAAUUUCUUACGAGAUUAUCGACCGGUGUAUGGGACCGGUGCCAACCCAGCAUC